GAGAGAGAAAGUGAGCGGAAUGCUUACCUUGAGUCAUUUCUAAACAUUCUUCCUUUUCCUUAACAAGCAUGUGUGAAUUAUGAAAAGUACAGUUACUUAAUUGAACUUUGUCAAUAUACAAACCAGAGGUUUCCCAAACAAACUUUGUGAAAUGGAAACUGACUACAAUUCGCAAGGAGAAAUUUCAAGAGAAGAUUUGCCUCUAAAAUCAAAUAAGCCAACGUCAACUUGCGAAGAGUAUAUAGGUGGUUCCAAAUUCAUUAACAUCUCUUUUGGUACACUCACUGUUAUAAUUACUAUCGCUUUGUUAUUACAAAUUUAUUACGGAGAUUAUCAGGUAGUACCCCAUGGUAGCGUUGCAACAGAUAAUCUAGAGUGCUCUGAGAUUGGUACAGCAGUUCUAAAAAAGGGUGGAAAUGCUGUUGAUGCUGCCAUAGCAAGCACAUUUUGUCUUUCUGUUUUCGCCCCCCAUAUUACAGGAUUAGAUGCAGAUGGGCAACUUUUAAUGUACAAUCACAGGUUGAGAGCCCCAGCAGUAUUGGUGGAUUUUAGCAAUUUAAAUGUAUCCACUGAUUUACCAAGGCUGGUACUAGGAUUAGCCUAUUGUCACAAAAAAUACGGGUCCUUAUCUUGGAAAGAUUUGAUAGAGCCUUCAAUAAAAUAUGCAAGAGAUGGUUUUUUAGUUUCGAAAGUAUUGGUUCAGGCGGUGCAACUAAGAAAAGCCGUCGAAUUAUUCGGACAUUUAGAAGCAAGCCAACUCAUUAGAGUUAAAAAGUUACCCGAAACAAUGCAAAGUAUCGCAGAAGUUCCUGAGAAUCAAUUGUAUUCCUACAUAAAGCCAGAUAAUACACCAAUAGAAACUGAGGCAUAUAAAUUUACUUUCAAUAAUUAUAACAUUUUCGUACCAAAUGUACCAUCGAUAGGUCCUGAACUGGCUGUAGUCAUGAAACAGAUUGAAAAAUUCAAAUUUACCUUGGAGGACACCAAGAAAACGAGGUUUUUCUAUAAGAUGGCUGAAAUAAUGCAGAUAGUUUACAGAGAUUUCAACAUCGGAUUGAAAUUUCACGAAGGGGUAUCUGCAAAUGUUGUUGCAGUUGAUAAAGAUGAUAAUUAUGUAUCUUUGAUCACAGGCUUAACAUUCCUUUUUGGGAGUGGGGAAAUGACAUCAUCUGGUUAUAUCAUGAACGCUAAGUUGGAAAACAGACAAUGUAGCAGGUUACCUAUACUAAUAACCGAUGCAAAUCAUGUUUGCGGAAGGAGGAUUAUCUUCGGUGCCAAUAACAUCGCAAUGGCAGCUCAGGUCAUUUCAUCACUUCUUCUGGCCGAUAUGAAUGUUACGGAGAGUAUAGAAAGUCCCAGAUUCCACUUGUCCCCUAUUGGUACCAUCGGAUUAGAAAGGUUCCAUUAUCCAUCCUUCGAUAAAGAGAUCGCUCAGUAUCUUCAGUCCUUGAGUUCUGUACCGUAUCCAGUUUACGAACCUUACGAAAGUGUCAAUAUUGUGGAGAAGACCGGGGAUUUGUUGAGCUCCCAUUCGGACAGUCGAGGGGGUGGCAUAGCGAGCAGAUUUUGACGAAAUCUUCCAAGGUAAAACGCUUUGGAACUAUUACCAAAAAUUAGAUUGAUAUUAACAGCUGACUAAGUACUUAUUUAUUCAAAUACUCGAUAUGUUGAAAAUAUUUUAAAAAUUGCAAGGUAUUGUAUAUUUUCGAGAACACUAAAUGUUUUUUUAGGGUUCUUUCUGUGAUAUUGUAUUGUUGACCUUCUUUAAGUUAUUUGAUAUUAAUUUUUUACUUUAUUUAUUGACCGAUAUUUCACAAUUAUUAAAAUAGAAAUAUGUACAAAUAAUGUUGAAAAAAUAUAUUUAAUAUUAAAUUAAAAUGAUGAAACCAGA